GUUUAAAAUAAAACAAAGGGAACACCGAACCGAACAUACAAUAAAGUACGGAGUCCGGGUAGACUAGUAGGAGACAAAAAGAAAGGGGCGUAAAAAAUGGCAUUGACGAACUUCAUUCUGACGGUGGUAGGGGUUAGCGCCGCCGUACUCAUCCUCCGCAGCGACGUCAGGCAUUCCUCCGCCAUCUUCCGCCGCAACAUCCGCCAGAUUCGUAAUUGGCUUGAAGAAGAAUCUGUCUCCUCUUCCUCCAAGGCAGCAGAGAAAGUUAAACCCAAGCAAGUGGAAGGACAGGUUAACCAGAAGGAUGUUCACAAGGACAAUUAGCACCAAAAAGUCGUCUGCAUGAAAAACACAGAUCUUUCAAGGUUCAUUUUUUGAGAGUUGACCUGGUACAGGCCAUCACAGUUCCAGGAUUUCCAGCUAAUGUAUAUACCUGGAUUGGGUUUGUUUCUUGUAGCAUGUUGAGAAUUUUGAAAUUUAAUGGUGCUGCGAGUUUGUAGAAACUGUAUGCCUGUUGCUUAAUCGGCAGUUCUGUUGAGAAUUUCAAGAGGGGAAAACUCUGGUUGGUUAUCCUUUCUGGUAAUAAGAGUCAACAAAUGUACGAGUUGAUAAUUAGUCUUCACAGCAAUGAAUACAGAAGAAAUGGCCAAUGUUCAUUUUGUUUGA